AUGUACAUCAUCACCACCUUCGCCGCAGUUGCCUUCGGGCUUCUUGCCCAGCUCGCCGCCCUCGCGGUGGUUGUCUGCUCCCUCGGCUUCGCAGUCCAAACUGCAAGCCCGACCGCCGCCCUCGCCGGGUUGGCUUUCCUUCUGUUGUUCUUCUCUCUGGUCUUCCCUCGCCUCCGAAAGGAUUACUUUGCAGCCUUUGCUUCUGCGGUGCUGGGCGGACUCCUGGCCCACUUUAACGGGCCUGCGAGCUUCUCGUCUGGUGCCUUCACCACGGCACUGGCUGUAUUUGUGCUUUCUCUUGUGUGCAAGCACUUCCCGGGAUGCUUCAAUGUCCUGUGGAGGUACGGCGUUGCCGCGGUGUGUUGCCUGGCCCCUGUCUUUUCUCCCUCGUGGAGGGCUUUCCUCGAAAAGUCGCGGGGGACUUGCAGGAAUUUCCCUGAGUUGAUUGAGAACGUUGUUCUCAUGAUUCCGCUGGGUCACAUCACCCUCCGCGAGUUACUUAACGAGGCGGCGCGGCGUCACGUUCGAGAGUUGAGAUUUGCCGAGCAAUGCAUCACCCUUGGGAAAGUUCUCGACAGCUCUCAAGCCGCUGUUGAUGAGUUCCGCCGUGUUCACCCGAACAGGAGGCUUUCCCAUUGUGUGCACAGAUUCAUCACGGAGCAGAUCCCCCUUGCCGAGAUGGAAGACGGUCUUUUUGAGUUGAGUCGUUUCUCUACCGGGGAAUGGCUCCUCUUCUUCGCCGGUUUCUUGGGUUCUUUGCUGGAGACUGAGCUUGCUCGGUUGAAGGCCGCCUGUGAGAAACUGGAUGAGGUGAUCAACAAACGGCAGCAGUACAUUGCUUCUGCCAUCCAGAUCCAAAAGAUUGUCGUCAAAGAGACAGCGGCAUACCCUAUCGUCAAGAUCCCGGCUGUGGCGCGUUUGCCCUCGCGGGCACUCAUGCUCAAGCCCGAUAGCUUCGUCCCUGCCGCACUCCCCCCUGCGUCUCCUAGACGACCAGAAGAGAAGAAAGACAUGAGCGUGUUCGAGAUGAUCGUCUCGACCGCUCGUCGCCCCCGCAGCAAAACCAAGGUUCUCCCCGUCACAGAGACCGAGGUCGAGCUGCCUCAGACCACCGACCACUCCCACUACGAACCCCCUGCCUCUCCUGCACCCACCAUCAUCGAGGAAAUCGCUCCUCUCUCGCCAUCGACCAUGGUUCAGCGCGCCUUUUCCCAAAUUGAGGGCAUGGACCAGGCGUUGAGAGCGUUGUCCGUUCGCGAGCAUCACGCGUCGGACAACGAGAUCUACCAGAUGAUGAUGCGGCCUCGCAAGGAGAGUGCCGUCACAAAGGAAGCUCGGUUCGCUCGUGAACGGUCGCUCAUUGCGUACCGUCACGCCCAAGCCGAGAAGGAGAAAGAGAUCAAGGCUUUGGUGGUUGUUUCUCCCGCUGCUGUCACUUCGGUGACUUUAGUACCAGCCGCCGCCGCCGCCGAUACUCCCUUCGUCCUUCCAUCGGACGCCCCAGCCCAGGCCGCCGCCGUCGCACCAACCUCUUCCGAUGAUCUGAUGUCGGAACUCCGCGUUGCCCUCGCCGCGCGCGGACGAAGCAUCCGGAAGACGACGCGCGACGACACCCCGGCCAAGCUGAAGGCUGCCAAUGCCACUGUUCCCGCCACGUCAUCCAGUGAAGAUGAGUGGGUCACCAUGGAUGAGAGUGAAUCGGACGAGCCUCGCGGCUCUGAAGAUGAUGAUUCCAAGUCUGACCUAGAUUCCGAAGGUCCUCGCGGGCUGGAGGAUGAUGACUCUGGCGACGGUGAUGAGGACGACGCGCCACCGAGCGUCGCCUCUUCCAUUCUAGCUGUUGUGGAUGGUGAGCAAGCUUCACCGAGCGAACCCACCGCCGACGCCGUCGAUGACAACGACAAACACGGUUCCCCUGGUCCGUCCGGAAACCCUGCUCUGCCCGAAGCCGAAGUGUCCUUUGACUCGGAAGCUGGUGCGCGUGAGCAGGCCGGCGGUUCCACCCGUGACGUUGCCGUCACCGUCGGCGGUGACAAGCAAAGUGAGGACACGGAUGACGAGCCCGAGACCUCUUUGGAGGAGGAGGAGGGUGAGAGUGAUUCUUGCGUUAGUGUUGACCAGCAGUUGCUCGCUACAGAGCUUUAUCCACCGCUACCCCCGAGCCCAACGACGACGACCACGCGCGGUGAAGCCGAGACUUCUUUGGAAGGGGAGACCGAGCAGAAGGUGCUGUCUCGCGACAGCGCCGGAAGUGGUUUGAAAUCUGCGGAGGAAGGGAGUGUUGACACACCACCUGUCGGCUCCAGUCCUGUUGCUAGUGUGGAGGCACAGACUGAGAACGAUGCCGACGUUAACGACAUCACAAGCCUCUUGGAGGCUUCUCAUAUUUCGACUUCCGUUGCGCAAGCAGUUGCAGCCCCACUGGUCACCGCGACAACCACUGCAACGAUCGACAUCAUUGGUGAUUUCACCGCAACCACCGCCGACGCCAUCACCACACCAGCCGCCAUCACGUCUCCUAAAGUCGGCAUCGUCCAGACUGAGGAAGCCGUCAUGACGGGGACCGAAGUCUGCGACGCUCUGCCAGGGAUGGAGCUUGACGAGGGCUCGCUCGCGCGACCCGGCUCAGUGAAGGUGGACGAGGAGGUGAAGAAAGAGGAUUCACGGAUGGAGGAGGCAGGUGUCGAUGAUGAGGGUGAGGAUACCGCCAUGGCCAUCCCCGACGCCGGAGUAGAGGGUCCCCCUGCCGCGAUGUUUGGCUCCAUGUCAAUGUCCGGCACCCCUUUUGCUUUCGGUGCCGUUCAGGAUGAUGUCAAUAUGGCAUAUUCUCAGCAACAGGAUUUCGAAAACGUCGAGAUGAUCGACCAGGGUGUAUUCGGCAAUACUCUGAUGCCGCAAGUGGGGGGUUACCCUUCCCUCCCUUCUCAAGAAGGUGAUAUGAGGUUUCACGAAGCUGACGUGCGGAUGGAUGAGCCCGCACCCCAACCGUUCGACUUCAACGCGUAUGAGGGUGUGAACUACGUUGGUUCUGGUGAGCAGCAGCAACAGCAUCAGCAGUUUCACCCAGAACCAAUGGACUACCACCAUGAUGUCGAGGCCUCUUCUUACCAGCAGCCUCUUCCAAACAACUUCGGUCUGCAGCAAUCGGCGCUGGAUCCAUCCCAGCCUGAUGAUCAAUACUAUCAUCAGGUUGGCCAGCAGCUCGCUCAGAUCGAUUUCGGCCCAGACAACCAGUCCCAGCUCCUGUCCGAAUCUGACCUGACUUUGAUUUUGGACGAGUAUCUGAACUGGUCAAUGUCGCAAGCCCAGUUUGAAGAACUGGUAAGAGAGGUCGAGCAGUUCGCCGAGAGAGAGACCCCGGGCACAUGGUCGGGUCCGGACUCUCUUAUCGACCCUGCCCUAUUCGCACUGCCGACAGACCAAGCGACCGACAACGUCCCAGCUGACGAUGUGUCCCCAACCGCUGCUCGCGCCGCGGCCCCCAUCCAAGCUGCUCCGUCACCGCAAGGCGAGGAGGUAGUGGCGAGCCCCCAAGGAGAAGAAGAAGAAGUGGGUGCGUCUGCGCCAACAACAGCAACCACAGCACCGGCGGUGACACCCCCCCCGGAGCAGGGGAUCAGCUACUCCUUCGCGGAGUACUGGUCCGACGUGGCGUUCGAUUCCCCGGAUGAAGACGACCACGUCGACGAUUACGUCCCAGUUCCCGUCGCCCCAGUGCUGCGUCAAGAAGUCGAACGCCGCCGUCGGGAGCCCCGCUCCAACGGCUCGACUCCUGUUGAAGUUGUUCGCGCAGACGACAGACAAGAUGUGGUGUCCGCCGAACCCGACAGCUCCUCUUCUGAUGAAGAGUCUGUCCGGCAGCGCGUCGCCCGUCGACCGAUACUCGUUCCCCGUUUGCGUGGCAGGGUUGCGGUUCGACAGGCUGUUGCCGAGCAGGUUCGCGCGGCUGGUGAGUCCUCUUCUGCACCCCCGCAGAAGAAGACACUCCAGGAGGUGAGGGACCGGAUCGAAGCAAUGAGGCGUGCUGGCACGUCGAAUUUCGCGUCUUCGGACGAGUCAGACGAGGACGAGGAUGAUUCCCCUCCCUCGUUUCCCAUCCCAUCUACCACCAUCACCCCCAACUUCCCAUCUGAGGGGUUAACAACACCAACUUCUGAGGAACCAGAGCCUGUCGCUGAAGGGUCCAGUGGCAGCGCCGAGGUGAAGGAGGGACAGCCGGCCGGAAAGCUGAAGCUGAAGUCCAGUGAGGUGGAAGCUCACCAGGGCGAGGAAGCCGAGCUCAAGGCAGCUGUUGCGGAGGAGGAGGAAGGGCACGGGCACAUGGCUCUCGGUACCGGGCGGCGUCGAAAGCGAGACAUAGGAGAUCUUGGUCACCAGGAGAUCGAAUAUGUGGAGCUUCCCGACAUCCCCGUCCGCGUCACCGAGGGCCGCCGGAUCUUGUCUUUCAAGAGGCGGAUUCCGGGUGCCCACGAGGAGCCCGAUUGA